AUGGCUGGUGGAGGGAAACCGAAGCUUUCUUCAAAGGCAGUUAUACAUCAGAAGUUUGGUGCUAAUGCAGUCUACAGAAUUGAGGAAGUCCAUGACUCUUCUGAUAGUGGUUGUCCAGGGUUAGCUAUACCGCGUAAAGGUCCGUGUCUCUAUCGCUGCCACUUGCAGCUACCAGACUUUUCUGUUGUGUCAACUGUCUUCAAGAAGAAGAAGGAUUCCGAACAGUCUGCUGCUGAAUUGGCUCUUGAUAAGCUAGGCAUUCGUCCUCAGAAUGAUGAUCUUACUGUGGAUGAGGCUUGGGAUGAUAUUGUUGGACGCAUUAAGCAUAUGUUUUCUGAUGAGUUUCUUUCAUCUGAACAUCCUCUAGGAGCUCACCUUAGAGCAUCAUUGCGAAGGGAGGGUGAUUCUUGCGGCUCGGUUCCUGUUUCUGUCAUCGCUACAUUUGAUGCAAAGAUCAACAGUCGUUGUAAAAUAAUAAACCCUUCUCUGGAAUCAGAUCCUUUCUUGGUCAUUUCCUGUGUCAUGAAGGCUGCUGCAAAGCUGUCAGACUACGUUGUUGCAUCUCCGCACGUAGCUUCACUCCGCAGGAAAAACGCAUACCCUUCAGAGAUUGUAGAAGCACUAGCUACUACUCAUGUAUCUGAUUCCCAAGAUUGCAGAAAAGUCGAAGCUGCGUAUAUACCAUGUGACGGUGAGGAGGUUGUUGAGUUAGAUGCUAUUGAUAUUUCAUCAGGCAAGUAUUACAUGGAUAGUAUUGCUGAAAGGCUCUGCUUGAAAGAUGGCAGCCAAGUGAUGAUCUCAAGGACUCUUGGCAAAGCUUCAUGUGGCUCUGAGUGUAGACUGUACUCCGCUCUUCCUAAGCUUAAGUCCUCGGAUAAUUCUUCAGAAGUCGCGGGAAGUUCAACUGAAGAAUCAGCUCAUACUGAAAAAUUUCGGAAGAAUGUAAGAGCAAGUUACAUUUGUGGUCAAGAUAUUCACGGGGAUGCAAUCUUGGCAUCUGUUGGUUACCGAUGGAAGACUGAUGAUCUUGACUAUGAUGAUGUAAAUGUCAAGUCAUUUUACAGGAUAUGUUGCGGUAUGUCACCGAAUGGAAUCUACAAGAUCGCCCGAAAAGCGGUACUUGCUGCACAGCUGCCUUUUUCAUUCACUACAAAGUCUAACUGGAGAGGUCCACUCCCCAGGGAUAUCCUCAAAAUGUUCUGCCAGCAGCACCGACUAGCAGAGCCUGACUUUACUGUAUCUACUGCUCCUGUGAAAUCCUUGUCUGAUAUAUACAGAUCUCACAAGAAGUUGAAGGUUUUAGAAUCUGACGAUGCCGGUGAUGAGAAGGAAAGAGAGGAUGAUACACCAAGGUUAAAGCAUGGGUUUAGAUGUGAGGUGAAGAUCCUUACAAAGUCCAAGGAUGUGGUUUUGGAGUGUUCACCGAGGAAAUUCUAUGAGAAGGAAAAUGAUGCUAUUCAAAAUGUUUCGUUGAAAGCCCUGUUAUGGUUUAGUAAGUAUUUCGAUGAGCUGGACGUGGAUGGAGAGCAGCCUAAUGAUACAGAUGACGACCAGACCGCGAACGUGGCAUCAUCGGGAGAGAAGGGUGUUCAAUCUAUAACAAACGGUUCAGUGGUUAGCAUAUGCUAUUCUCUGUCUUUAGAAGUGGAUCCUGAAUACUCGAGUGAUGGUGGUGAAGAAGGCAGUGAAGGAAACGAAGAUGUAGAGUCUGAGGAGGAUAUUGAGAAUUGUGAGUACUCAAUAGAUCUCAUUGAAAGCAAUGAAGAGAUAGAGUUUGAGGUGGGGACUGGAGCCAUGAAUUCACAUAUUGAAUCAGCUGUGACUAAGAUGACUGUUGGUGAAUAUGCUUCUUUUAAUACUACGCUGCCUGAAUAUGCUGAAGCUUUGAUUUUGGCUACUGUCACUGAUACUGCGAGAUUCCGCUCCCUCCUCUCAGAACGUCCAGCUUUGGUUUACAGUAUAAUUUUAUUGGGAGUGAAAGGACCGACUGAAGAACGAAUGGAAGCUGCUUUCUUUAAACCUCCACUUUCGAAACAGCGUGUUGAAUAUGCAGUGAAACAUAUUAAAGAAUCAUCAGCUUCUACUCUAGCUGACUUUGGUUGCGGUUCUGGAAGUUUGUUAGACUCUCUUCUUGACUAUCCAACUUCACUUCAGAGCAUUAUCGGUGUUGACAUCUCACCAAAAGGUCUUGCCCGUGCUGCUAAGAUGCUACAUUCAAAACUAAACAAGGAAGCUGGAAAUGUCAAAUCUGCUACACUCUACGAUGGUUCUAUCCUCGAGUUUGAUACAAGGCUACACGACAUUGACAUCGGCACUUGCCUAGAGGUCAUUGAACACAUGGAAGAAGAUGAAGCCUGUCAAUUUGGGGAGAAAGUUUUAAGCUUGUUUCGGCCAAAGCUCUUGAUUGUGUCAACACCAAACUUUGAGUACAACACAAUUCUCCAAAAGUCUACACCAGCAACCGAAGAAGAGAAAUCAGAGUCACAGCUUCCAAAAUUCAGGAACCAUGACCACAAGUUCGAGUGGACAAGAGAACAGUUUAACCAAUGGGCUUCGAAUCUCGCCAAACGCCAUAACUACAGCGUCGAGUUUAGCGGUGUUGGUGGGUCUGGUGGAGUUGAACCUGGGUUUGCUUCUCAGAUUGCUGUUUUCAAACGGGAAGCUUCUUCUUCAUCUGCAGAUAAAGUUGUUGCUGCUGAGAAUGUUGAAGAAGGCUCGUUGCAGCCUUACAAAGUCAUAUGGGAAUGGAAGAAAGAUGAUGGUGAAAAGAAAGACUGA